AUGGCAAACUUGUUUCGUUCCCUGCAACGUUAUUUAGGUGUUGGAAAGGAGAAAUACUUCGUAGGUCAUGAUUUGGCUGGUAAUCGAUACUACCAGCAGCCUAGUCCAGUUGGCGGUCCAUCACGACCUAAGCGAAGGGUAGAAUUCAAAGCUAUCGGAGACGAUCACACUUUGUAUCAUCCAAAUCGACUACCACCUCAAUGGGCAGCAUGGCUAUCAUUUACUCGAUCUGUUGAACCAACAAUCCAAGAACUUGAAGCUGAUUAUCUCAGACAACAGAUUUUAUUUCAAAAGGUUAAUCAAAUUGAAGCAAAUCAAAAUCAGAGCCGAAAUCAAGAAGCUCUUCCUGAUAUCAAUCAAUCAUCCGAUCUCGAGUUGACCACAAACUCUGCACAAUCUAAUACAAUGAAUGAUCAACAAGAAAGAGUUAGAAAAUGGAAUGUCAUGAAUCAAUCACCAUUAGAAGCUUUUAUGCCAAGCCCAUCAAAUCCAGAUGAUCAAUGGACACCCCAAUCCUGGAAUCCUACUUCAAAUUCACGUAAAGAUGAAAACCAUCCUUAA